CUCCGGCAGCGGGAGAGAGCAGAGAGCCACCCCUCUACCUGGAGAGGAAGCCCGGGACCGGGGGCAGUCAUGGCAGCCAACAUGUACCGGGUUGGAGAUUACGUUUAUUUUGAGAACUCGUCCAGUAACCCUCUGCUGAUCAGGAGGAUAGAGGAGUUGAAUAAGACAGCCAAUGGGAAUGUGGAGGCCAAAGUGGUGUGUUUUUACCGGCGCAGGGACAUCUCCAGCACACUCAUCGCUUUGGCAGACAAACAUGCAAGGGAGCUGGAGGAGGAGAUGGAGAAUUCAGAGAUGGCGGAUCUACCCGAGAAACAGAAGCACCAACUCAGACACAGAGAGCUGUUCCUGUCGCGCCAGCUGGAGUCCCUGCCAGCCACACACAUCAGAGGAAAGUGUUGCGUGACGCUGCUGAAUGAGACAGAAGCCCUGAAGUCCUACCUGGACAGAGAGGAUGCCUUCUUCUACUCGUUGGUGUAUGACCCUCAGCAAAAGACCCUACUGGCUGAUAAGGGCGAGAUCCGCAUCGGGAACAAAUACCAGGCUGACAUCACUGACUUCCUACAAGAAGGUGAAGAAGACAGCAGGGACCUGAUGAAACUGGAAGAGAAGGUCUGGGACCCCAACAGCUCCCUAACAGAGAAACAGAUCGACCAGUUUUUAGUCGUAGCUCGAUCAGUAGGAACAUUUGCCAGGGCUUUGGACUGCAGCAGUUCUGUCCGACAGCCGAGUCUCCAUAUGAGUGCUGCAGCAGCCUCCAGGGACAUCACGCUGUUUCACGCUAUGGACAUGCUCCACGCUAACAGCUACGACAUGACCCGAGCCAUCGCAGCGCUGGUGCCUCAGGGUGGGCCUGUCCUCUGCAGGGACGAAAUGGAGGAGUGGAGCGCCUCAGAAGCCAACCUGUUCGAGGAGGCGCUCGAGAAAUACGGCAAAGACUUCACAGACAUCCAGCAGGAUUUUUUGCCCUGGAAGUCACUGACGAGUAUAAUUGAGUAUUACUACAUGUGGAAGACCACAGACAGAUAUGUUCAGCAGAAACGGUUAAAAGCUGCUGAAGCCGAGAGCAAACUGAAGCAGGUCUACAUCCCCAACUAUAACAAGCCAAACCCCAACCAGCUGAGCAACAAUGUAAAGCCCACUCUUUUAAAUGGAACAGCGGGCGGAGGGAACUCGGUACCGCCGGGCCCAGCAGGUCAGACCCCGGGCCUGGGCCGGGCCUGUGAAAGCUGCUACACUAGCAGCUCAUACCAGUGGUAUUCAUGGGGCCCUCCCAACAUGCAGUGCCGUCUCUGUGCUUCAUGCUGGACCUACUGGAAGAAGUAUGGAGGGUUAAAGAUGCCCACGAGGUUGGACGGUGAGAGGCCAGGACCCAACCGCAGCAGCACGAUCCCCCACGGCCUUACCCUUCGACACAGCGGCAGCCCAAAGUUUGCUGUAAAAACUCGACAGGCGUUUUUCCUGCAGACCACCGGUCUGACACGCCUGGCUCGCCGCCUCUGCCAGGACGUCAUCCGGCCCCGAUACUUGGCCCGGCACCCCUACCUCCUAGUCAACACAGUAGCCAUCAAAGCAGAAUGUGCCCUGCGGUUACCAGAUAAGCCAAAAAAGACUCCGCAACAAAAACCCAUGGAGCGUAAACCUCUGGAGUCUGUGGUCCGGUACUUAGAAGCACAUCCCCGUCCACCCAAGCCCGUACCCCUGACCCGAGGAUGCUCCAUCUCCACAGGCAGCUUGAUGCCCAUAAAGCCGUCCCCCAUCCUCAACAACGGCUCCCCCACCAUCCUAGGCAAACGCACCUAUGAGCAGCACAACGGACUGGAUGGUACCAAAUCCAAAGCAUUGACUCCACAGUGGGACAUCAUGGCCAAACGCGUUGGAGAUGCAGGACGGCCCUCAGCCUCACUGCAGGAUGAAGUUCACGAGCUGGACUGAGUCUGUAGGAGCCAGCGCCACUGAGUGAAAAGAGAAAUCAAAUGGAAAAGGCAUUUUCCACUGAACCAUAGCCAUGUGCAGCUGAAGGAAGAUGAAGAUGACUCGUCUUUAGUCUCCAGCUGCUGGAGAUGAGUCCGAUGGUUUGGCGGUGGUUUAUCACUCGAUGAGCCUGACUGUACAGGACUGUGUUUAUUACCUACAUCUCUUGUUAUUACCGUCUUUGUAAUUAUCGUCAUUGUUAUUAUAAUUUUUUUACCAACUAUAAUUCAACUUCUUGUAUGUCGAUCAAACGAUGGAAACUUGUGAAGUUUCAUAGAAAAUGCUUGUGAAACCCCGUGGUAAAGGGUGGAAGGAAAGUAACAUAAGCCACUUGGAUUUUCUAUGUUUUCUUUGUUUUUGUUUUGUUUGUUCUGAAGUCAGUAAGGACUCGCACUUUCGUUUCAGCAUCGUGAGCUCGACUUGUCUUUAGUUUCGUUGAAUCUGAAUGCUUUACAGAAAAUGUUUUGUGUUGUAUGAGCCAGCUCUGCUGUUUGGCCAGAAAGGUUUAACUUAUUGAGAAAGACUUGGUGUUUUUUCUACCUUUUUCACAAUUAAUGCAUCUAUGCUUCGAUAUUGUAAUUAAAAAAAAGAUCAUUGAUA